UGUCUCCCUUUCCUUCUGCUAGGCACAAAGUCCGAAGCAGAGAGGCAGCUGGUCUUGGAGCAGUGGGACUGCCUUUGCCGCAUGGAGAUGGUGGGCGAGGAAGGGGCCUUUGUCAUUGGCUGGGAGAGGGUCUUCACUGAGGAAGAGCUGUCUGUGGCACUGAAGUUACUAAGCAUGUCUGCGGAAGAAUUCAAGGUGUUUAAAGAACAAGACCUGGGAACAGGGGAGCGUAGCCCCAGCAGCCUGGCGCUCUCGAAGGCCACGAUUCCUGAGCUCAAAGCCUCCUGGAAGCAGCUUCUCUUCAAUGCCGCUCUGCUGACCCUGCAGUCAUACAGCUUGGACUUGAAAGAGGAGGAAGAGACACUCCAGAACCUGCAGGCGUAUUUGAAGCUAAGUCGCAGGGAGCAGCAUGCCCUUCAAGUGCGCUACGGCCAGAAGAGAAUCUUGCAUCAGUUGCUUCAGCUGUGCGGGUAAAAGAGAGCAACACUGCUUUGGCUGCACUGCCCUUGGUGUUUGUAGAGGGGACUUUGUGCUGCAGAUGCGUACAGAGGCUGCAAUCUUUGGGUUCCCCGUGAAAGACCCCUCAGGCGUUGGGUCUGGCUGUGCUGGUGUAGCAUUUCGAUAUUUCUCAUGGAAAUACAUUGGAAGCAGGUUUCUGUGAAACAUUUCUGUCUUUAGGGAGCAGUGAAAUGCUUUCCAGAGCAGGGUUUGGCCACUCAAAAGAAAUGGUAUAAAGAGCUAGAGAUAAUGCUGUAAUUUCUCUUUAGGGAGACGUAAC